AUGGGUGCGGGUCAAGGUCUGGAGAUCUGCAGGUUUACCCAUCCUAAUAUUGUCAAGUUUUGCACAUGCCCAGAGGCUGUGGCUGCCGAUAUACAGCUCUUUCAAAUGGGUCUGUUUCUGGCCUCAUUUUUAGAAUCAAAAACAGCUUUCACAUUCAAUGUCUUGGAUGACUUCUUGCUGGACAACCUGGAGUGUGGGAUCUCAGUAAUGAAUUAUUACAGCAAAUUAAGGAGGAUGACAAUAAGUGUAUUUCCCAACUUGGUGCUGAACUGUUACAGAGAGCUCAUGAGGGUAGCCAGACAAUGGCAGAAACUGAAGCUCCUGAAAUGGAAUGACUUCAGCCAUGAGGAGAAAGAAAUCAGACCCGGCGAUCUCACUCUCUUCUGUCCGGUGUGUCCCCAGCCAGGGAUCAACCUCACAUUGCCAAUGGGAGAAUCUUCCGAGGCCUGCAAUGCUGACCAAGAAUCCAAUCUGGAGAUGCUGAGUUGGCUUUACACUAGAUCUCUUGUCAUGGACAGAAACUUCAAAGCUGAGCAUCUCCAUGCGGUAAAUCCCACCGAUAAAGUAUCUCUAAUAGAUGGCUGUGGCUUCAUGGUCGGCAAUCUACUCUACAAGAAGCACUUGGCCAUUGCCAACGAUGGCAUUUAA